UCCAUUAUCAAGGCCAUGGUCCCAUUGCUGCACAUUGCCCUGCUGGUGCUGUUUGUCAUAAUUAUCUAUGCCAUCAUUGGGUUGGAGCUCUUCAUGGGAAAGAUGCACAAAACCUGCUACUUAACAGGGAUUGCCACAGAUACACCUGCAGAAGAAGAACCAGCUCCCUGUGCUCCUAUAUCUCAACAUGGACGGCAGUGUCAGAAUGGCUCUGAGUGUAGGGCCAUAUGGGAGGGACCCAAACAUGGCAUUACCAACUUUGACAACUUUGCCUUUGCCAUGUUAACUGUGUUUCAGUGCAUCACCAUGGAGGGCUGGACAGAUGUACUCUACUGGAUGCAGGACGCUAUGGGCUAUGAGUUACCCUGGGUGUACUUUGUCAGUCUGGUCAUCUUUGGAUCCUUUUUCGUUCUUAAUCUGGUUCUUGGUGUGUUGAGCGGGGAGUUUUCUAAAGAGAGAGAAAAGGCAAAAGCUCGAGGUGACUUUCAGAAGCUAAGAGAGAAACAACAACUGGAGGAGGACUUAAAAGGAUAUCUAGACUGGAUAACUCAGGCAGAAGAUAUCGAUCCAGAAAACGAGGAUGAAGGCAUGGAUGAGGAGAAGCCCCGAAACAUGAGCAUGCCCACCAGUGAGACAGAAUCUGUUAACACCGACAAUGUGGCUGGAGGCGAUAUUGAAGGAGAAAACUGUGGUGCACGACUGGCGCACCGGAUUUCUAAAUCUAAGUUUAGCCGCUACUGGCGUAGAUGGAAUCGAUUCUGUAGACGAAAAUGCCGAGCUGCUGUCAAAUCCAAUGUGUUCUACUGGCUUGUGAUCUUCCUGGUGUUUCUCAACACACUGGCCAUUGCCUCUGAACAUUACAACCAACCUGAUUGGCUCACUGAAGUCCAAGACACUGCGAAUAAGGUAUUGCUGGCUUUGUUCACGGCUGAGAUGCUGCUGAAGAUGUACAGCCUGGGUCUUCAAGCUUACUUUGUGUCCCUCUUCAACCGCUUUGAUUGUUUCAUCGUGUGUGGUGGAAUUCUGGAAACCAUCUUAGUGGAAACAAAAAUCAUGUCCCCACUUGGCAUCUCCGUGCUGAGAUGUGUACGACUUCUGAGAAUCUUUAAAAUCACAAGGUACUGGAAUUCCUUGAGUAAUUUGGUGGCUUCCUUGCUCAACUCAGUGCGCUCCAUUGCCUCCCUGCUGCUGCUCCUCUUCCUCUUCAUCAUCAUCUUCUCCCUCCUAGGAAUGCAGCUCUUUGGGGGCAAGUUUAACUUUGAUGAGAUGCAGACCAGGAGAAGCACCUUUGACAACUUUCCACAGUCUUUGCUCACUGUGUUUCAGAUCCUGACUGGGGAGGACUGGAAUUCAGUGAUGUAUGAUGGAAUCAUGGCUUAUGGCGGCCCCUCUUUUCCAGGAAUGUUGGUCUGUAUUUACUUCAUCAUCCUCUUCAUCUGUGGAAACUAUAUCUUGCUGAAUGUCUUCUUGGCCAUUGCUGUUGACAAUCUUGCUGAUGCUGAAAGCCUAACAUCUGCUCAAAAGGAGGAGGAAGAGGAAAAAGAAAGGAAAAAACUAGCAAGGACUGCCAGUCCUGAGAAGAAACACGAGCCCGAGAAGCCAGCUAUGGAGGCAGAGACAAAGGAGGAAAAAAUUGAGCUGAAAUCAAUUACAGCUGAUGGAGAAUCUCCACCUUCUAAUAAGAGCAACACAGAUGAAUAUCAGCCGAAUGAAAAUGAAGAAAAAAAUCCCUAUCCUACUGCAGAGACACCAGGAGAGGAGGACGAAGAAGAACCGGAGAUGCCUGUUGGGCCUCGUCCUCGCCCUAUGUCUGAACUGCACCUUAAGGAGAAAGCAGUGCCAAUGCCGGAAGCCAGUGCUUUUUUCGUUUUCAGUCCCAGCAACAAAUUUCGGGUCCACUGCCAUCGCAUCGUUAAUAAUAACAUUUUCACCAACCUGAUCCUCUUUUUCAUCUUGCUCAGCAGCAUCUCUUUGGCAGCUGAGGACCCAGUUCGGCAUUACUCAGUUAGAAAUCAAAUCCUAGGCAAUGCAGAUUAUGUCUUCACUAGUAUCUUUACAUUAGAAAUUAUUCUUAAGAUGACUGCUUAUGGGGCUUUCCUUCACAAAGGCUCCUUCUGCAGGAACUACUUCAACAUCCUGGACCUGCUAGUGGUUAGCGUUUCUCUCAUCUCCUUCGGGAUCCAGUCCAGCGCAAUCAAUGUAGUAAAGAUAUUACGUGUUUUGAGAGUCCUCAGACCGUUGCGGGCAAUCAACAGAGCAAAGGGUUUAAAGCAUGUGGUUCAAUGCGUAUUUGUAGCUAUACGAACCAUAGGGAAUAUUGUGAUCGUGACCACUUUGUUGCAGUUCAUGUUUGCCUGCAUUGGAGUUCAGUUGUUCAAGGGCAAACUGUACAGCUGCACUGAUAGCUCCAAACAAACAGAAGCAGAAUGCAAGGGCAAUUUUAUCACUUACAAGGAUGGAGAGGUGUCUCAACCAAUUAUUCUGUCCCGAAACUGGGAGAAUAGCAAAUUUGAUUUUGACAAUGUCCUCGCCGCUAUGAUGGCCCUUUUCACUGUUUCAACCUUUGAAGGCUGGCCAGAACUGCUGUAUCGAUCUAUUGAUUCCCAUAUGGAAGAUGUGGGGCCCAUCUAUAACCACAGGGUGGAGAUCUCAAUUUUCUUCAUUAUUUAUAUCAUCAUCAUUGCUUUCUUCAUGAUGAACAUCUUUGUUGGUUUCGUCAUUGUCACGUUUCAAGAGCAAGGAGAACAGGAAUAUAAGAACUGUGAGCUUGACAAGAACCAGCGUCAAUGUGUAGAAUAUGCUCUGAAGGCCCGGCCCCUGCGAAGAUAUAUCCCCAAAAACCAGUACCAAUAUAAAGUGUGGUAUGUGGUGAACUCCACCUAUUUUGAAUACCUGAUGUUCGUCCUCAUCUUGCUGAACACCAUCUGCCUGGCCAUGCAACACUAUGGUCAAAGUAUCCUCUUCAAACAAGCAAUGAACAUCCUCAACAUGCUGUUCACUGGCCUUUUCACCGUUGAGAUGGUUCUGAAGUUAAUUGCCUUCAAACCCAAGCACUAUUUCUGUGAUGCAUGGAAUACAUUUGACGCCUUGAUUGUUGUGGGUAGCAUUGUUGAUAUAGCAAUCACCGAGGUGACCGUAAGUAGCUGGCACUUAGGCAGUAACACAGAGGACAACUCUCGCAUCUCAAUCACCUUUUUCCGACUCUUCCGUGUGAUGCGUCUGGUGAAGCUCUUGAGUCGAGGGGAGGGCAUCCGCACGCUGCUUUGGACCUUCAUCAAGUCUUUCCAGGCUCUCCCCUAUGUGGCUCUAUUAAUAGUGAUGCUGUUUUUUAUCUACGCUGUGAUUGGGAUGCAGGUGUUUGGUAAAAUUGCAUUAAAUGAUACUACAGACAUCAAUCGGAACAACAACUUUCAAACAUUUCCUCAGGCUGUACUCCUGCUUUUCAGAUGUGCUACUGGUGAAGCUUGGCAGGAAAUCAUGCUGGCAUGCCUACCUGAUAAGAAGUGUGACAAUGACUCUGUGGAACCAAACAGUAAUACUGAAGGUGAACAUCCCUGCGGGAGCAGCUUUGCUGUAUUUUAUUUCAUCAGUUUCUACAUGCUUUGUGCCUUUCUAAUCAUUAACCUUUUUGUUGCUGUUAUUAUGGAUAAUUUUGAUUACCUAACCCGUGAUUGGUCCAUUCUGGGUCCCCAUCAUCUGGAUGAGUUUAAACGGAUUUGGGCAGAGUAUGAUCCUGAAGCCAAAGGACGUAUCAAACACCUAGAUGUUGUAACACUCCUGCGUCGGAUACAACCUCCCCUGGGUUUUGGAAAACUCUGUCCUCACAGGGUAGCUUGCAAGCGUCUUGUCUCUAUGAAUAUGCCAUUGAAUAGUGAUGGAACUGUUAUGUUUAAUGCAACUUUAUUUGCAUUGGUAAGAACAGCACUGAGAAUCAAAACAGAAGGUAACUUGGAACAAGCCAAUGAGGAGCUGCGUGCAAUCAUUAAGAAAAUCUGGAAACGCACUAGCAUGAAGCUGUUGGAUCAGGUUGUACCCCCAGCAGGUGAUGAUGAAGUUACAGUUGGAAAAUUCUAUGCCACUUUCCUAAUUCAAGAAUAUUUCCGAAAAUUCAAAAAACGCAAAGAACAGGGUCUCGUGGGCAAACCUUCACAACGCAAUGCUCUUUCUCUACAGGCUGGUCUACGCACAUUACAUGACAUUGGACCAGAGAUUCGAAGGGCAAUAUCUGGAGACUUGACAGCAGAAGAGGAAUUAGACAAGGCCAUGAAAGAAGCUGUUUCUGCUGCUUCUGAAGAUGAUAUUUUCAGGAGAGCUGGUGGCUUGUUUGGAAAUCAUGUCAGCUAUUACCAAAGUGAUGGCAGAAGCUCAUUCCCUCAGACAUUCACUACUCAGCGCCCUUUGCACAUCAACAAAUCUAGCAACAACCAAGGAGACACUGAAUCCCCGUCCCAUGAGAAGCUUGUCGAUUCCACCUUCACUCCAAGUAGUUACUCCUCAUCAGGUUCCAAUGCUAACAUCAAUAAUGCCAAUAAUACUGCCUUGAGCCGCUUUUACAAUCCACCAAGCUAUCCCAACACCGUCAGCACCGUGGACAGCUACAGCACCCCUUCCUCCACCACUGUACGGAUCCAGGAAGUUCCUUGGAAGUUCAGUUGCAGAAGAUCCUAUUCCAGAGACAGCCAAGUAGCAAUUGUUAGUGAAGAGGAAGCUCCUCAGGAGGAUGAAACAUAUAGUGAGCAAUUAAAUGAAGAAACUGAAUAUUGUAGUGAACCAAAUUUGUUAUCACCUGAAAUGUUAUCGUACCAAGAUGAUGAACACAGACAGCUAACUCUCCCAAAAAGCAAAGAAGACGUCCAGCCAUCUCCAAAGAUUGGAUUUCUACAUUCCUCAUCACUAAAUCGAAGAGCAUCCUUUCAUCUGGAGUGUCUAAAGAGACAGAAAAAUCAGACUGCGGGUGUCUCCCAGAAAAUAACAUUACCUUUGCAUCUAUUACAUCGUCAAGCACUAUCAGUUGGAGGUCAGAGUCCUCUUCAAAGUAGUCAUUCAUCAAUUAGAUCUUCUCGACCCUGUUCCACAUCAUCUGCAACACAUUGUACACAAGACUGGCCACAGCAACAUGAUAAAGGGUUGUGGCCUGAUGAGGAGGCCUCCAAUGAGAAACUCAAUAAUAGCUUCCCAUCAAUAUACUGCAGCUCCUCAUAUUGUGAUAGCACCAGCUCUAGCAGCACCCGAAAAGCCAGGCCAGUCUCCCUUAUAGUUUCCAGUCAGACAAGAGAGAGUGGCAGGCAAUUCCACGGUAGUGCCAACAGCCUUGUUGAAGCGGUCUUGAUUUCGGAAGGACUGAUGCAGUUUGCUCAAGAUCCAAAGUUCAUUGAGGUUACCACCCAAGAACUAGCUGAUGCCUGUGACUUGACAAUAGAAGAGAUGGAGAAUGCUGCAGACAACAUUCUCAAUGGUAACAGCAAACCAAGCCCCAAUGGCAACCUCUUGCCUUUUGUUAACUGCAGGGACCCGGGGCAGGACUGUAUGGGUGAAGAAGCAGAAGCAGCCCAAAACCCAGAUUGUAGGAAAAGUCAAGAGGAGUCUAAGGAUACCAGGAUUUAUAUCAGCAGCCUGUAGUUGCUGAAGCUGAAAGUGAUGCUGGUUUUUUAAUUUGUU